AUGACCGGUGUAAUCGACGAUCAUUAUAUACAGAAGGUUCCGCUGCUUCUAGCGUUUGUUGGGUAUUUCAAGAUUCAUAUUUCUGUCAUGCUUGGAUUUAUAUCUUUUAUUUCGAUUGGACCUUGUUAUUUUAUCUUACUGCAGUUCGAGAAAAGAAAGAAUGAUAUUGAAGACACAUCUUCUCUUGAGUUUGGUAUUGAAAAAAUCAGCCACGAAAAAGACGGGAGAACCGAAUCAAUAAAAAUCUUUGGAAUCAAUAGAACUAUCUUCAUUUUGGUUGCUAUUCCUUAUUGUGUAUUUUUCAUCCCGACUACCUUUUUGAAUAUCAUUGUCUUUUGGCCGCCAGUAUAUUUUGCACGAGCGACUCUUCAAAGAUGUUUUAAACUUCCUUGGAAAGUGGUUCAGUUCAAAUAUAUUUCAGUUUUUGCAAACUUGAUUGGAGCCGCCUUUUAUUCUGUUCUCUAUGCAUUGAUGUAUGUGAUGUAUGCAUGUCAAAGAUCUUCAUCAGAUGAGGCAGAUUCGAAAAGUAGUGACUCUCCUUGUAUGUCAUUUUAUGUUGUGAUGACCUUGACGAUUGCGAUUUCAUCUUUCUGUUCGAUUGGCCCUGCUUUCUUCAUGAUUCUGAAAUUUGCGGAGGAAGAUAGUGGUGGUUACGAAGACAUAACAACCAUUGAAUUGGAUGUUGAAAGUCAAACUGAUGAAAUAAUUGAAGAAAUAGACGAGAUUGACUCCAGUUCCAGAAUUCAGCAAAUAAGUAAUCAAGUGGUCUUUAUUGAUGGUGUGGACCCUGAGGACCAACAAUCUGAGAGCUCAAUUGGAACAUACAGAACAAAGACGACUGUGUCGAAAAAUGCAUUCAAAGAGGAGAUCGAAAAAAUAAACAAUCACGAAAAAACUCUUGAACAAUUGUCAUUCGAAGUAGCUGCCCUAAAAACAAUCGUAAUCAACCUGUCGAAUUCCAACAAAAACAAAAUGUCUGAAAAUAAAUCUACGUCUUUUUAA